AUGAAGCGUAUUAUCAUAUAUGGAUUUUUCUUUGCUUGCUUUGUUGGAUUUUUGAUGAACCAUAAGCCUAACCCUGAAGAACAAAUUGUUGCAGAAGAUUUCGUUACAAAUACAACAAUGUCGUCAAUUCCAGCUCAAAAUUUUUUUGACGGUCAUAUUGGAUCGGAUGCUAGUGAGAUGGCGUCGAGGACUUUUUUAGACAAGUUUCUGUUGAGGAAUUACUACGAACAAAAUUCUAACCAUAUGGAAUUUCUGAAAUCGUCUUUAGUUAAAAUUGCAAACUUUGGCUAUUCGAAGGCGUUUAUUUGCUCUAAAAAAUUGGCCAAGGAGUUAACGGAAGAUCAUAAUGGACAUAGAUUGGACGAGAGGGCUAGGAUUGAAGCUUCUGGAGGUAAAUUCAAAUUUAGUACUAAUUCUGUUCCUCUUCUCAAUGGUCAUUUCCCUAUGACUCGAGCUAUUGGUGAUGUUCCUUUGAAAAAAUAUGGAAUCAUAGCUAUUCCAGAGGUGACUGAUUGGCUAAAUUUAACUUCAAAAGAUGAGUAUUUGGUUGUGGCAUCUGAUGGAAUACUUGAAAGCUUAAGUCCACAAAAAGUGUGUGAUUUCUUAUGUGAAGCAGAGGACCAUUCAGAUUUAACAUUAUUGGCUCAACAAAUUGUUCAGAAAGCAUUUUUAGAAGGCAGCAAAGAUAAUUUAUCAGUUGUUUUGGUUCCCUUAGGAACAAGGAUCUCUUGUAGAUGA